CUAAAAAUGAAAAAUGGAAAUACCUUGAACAACUAAUUAUGGAUUUUUAUACUAGAUCCAUAUAUGCUGCAUGUAUUCGUACUGAUAAUAAUAAUUAUUCACUACAUACAGAUAGUGACUUACAUCAAUUACAUUAUAAUAUUGUAGUAGACCAUUUACUUGAUAAUCAUAUAGAUAAUCCAGAUUUAACUUUGCCUGAACCUAAUCUUAUUGGAAAGUCAAAUAUACAGUUAAAUGCCUUAAAAGAAUUUCUUAAAGGAAUUACUCAACUAGCACCUCAUCAAAGCUUAAUUACGAAAAUGCGUACUAGUCAAAAUAAAUCUGUAAACAGAAUUAAAUUAAAUUAUAUUGAUAAAAAACAAGAUUAUCUAAAAUCUUAUAAAACUUGCCAUAUAUUAGCAGUAAUUUAUAAUAAUAAUAGUCUCUUAGAAUUGUUACAAAUUUUACAGCAA